AUGUCUGGACAAAGCACGCCGAGCUCACCGUUUAUAGCGCAUCCGCACGAUUUGCCGGGCGAUCGCGAUCUGCGGAAGCGGUUGUCCUCUCUGGAGUACCAAUAUAGCCAGCUGAAGGACAGCUACGAGAUAGACAAGGUCAAGGGCCAGGCUCUGGUGAAAAGGCUGGAGAGAGAUCUGGAGCACAGAUCAAGCGAGUACGAGGCCGCUGUGAGCGACUCGAAGCUGCUCUUCGACGAGAGUAACAAGCUGAAGCGUGAAUUGAGAGAAAUGGAGGAUAAAUUCGAGCAGGCAGUGGGCGAGAACAGGUCGCUCAGGACAGAACUCGAUGAAAAAACGUGCAAGCUAAAUAAGCAUCUGCAUGAGUUCCAGGAGAUUGAAAAGCGUCUGGAGGAUGUCAUUGCGCUCAAGGACGCCGAGUUGCGGCACAAGGAUUCGGAAUUGCUCGGCUUGAGGGACGCUAUGCGCGAGGAGCUGUCUCUCAAGAGUAGCAGGAUCGAAGAGCUCACAAACCAGGUGCGCAUCCAAGACGCACAGAUUCGGGAGUUGCACGAGCGCAAUGUGCACAUGGACGAGAUGAAGGCGCGCGAACUGUACGAGAAAGAGUGCAGCAACCAGUUGGAAUACAUCCGCGAGCUGGAAAAGAGGAAUUUGGAGCUGAGCAACAAAUUGCGUGCGUUGCAGUCAAGACAGGACUAUGUUCAGGUCCUGAGAGAGGAGAAGGCAACGCUGUCCCAAAAACUGGCUACUUAUGAGGCUCUUGAGACCGAGUACGAGGACCUGAAGCUGAGGUAUGCUGCGAUGGAGCAGAAAAUGGGAGACUGGCCUAUUUCGGACCCUCCUGCCACAAUUCUCGAUAAAUGCUCUGUGCUGGAGUCCACGAACAGCCAGCUUCUGCAGAAGCACGAAUCUCUGUGUAACGAGCUUGCGCGCGCUCAGCAAGAGGUGGUCGAUCUACAAUCGAAGCUUCUGGAGUCGCACGACAGGCAAACGUCGCUAAAAGCCAUGCUGUCCGAGAAAGACACCGAGAAUACGAAGCUCAGCAACAACGUGAAGCUGUUGAGCCAGGAAAUCCAGUUUUUGAAGGACAGAAUCGACAACGUGACGCAGGAGAACACGAUGUUGCUGAAGAAUAAAGGCGUGGAAGCAGAAAACGCACAGAAGUUUGAGGGACUUGUUGCACUUCUCGAAUCCUAUAAACAGCAGCUACAGAGCCUACGGAGCCAAGAUACAGGACAGAAACGGCACAGGAGCGAGCAGGAGCAGCCAAAUGUGUCUGCACAGCUGGCCGAGGAGCUGAAGAGAAAGGUCGACGAGAACAGCGAACUGCUGAGAACUAUUGAGGACAAAAACAAGCAGCUGGUCCAGCUGGAGCUCGAGGUGAAGAAGUUGGGCAGCAGCAACGAAAACGGGGUCCGGGUGCUGGAGUUGCGCGAAAAUCCGGCCGCAAGACACGAACGCGUAACUAGAAAAAUGCUGGAUAAACUACGACAGGAGAAUCGGCAGCUGGUCGCGGCCAAGCUGGCGACGGACCAGCUGAUCCCCAAAUCGGUGUACGAGCGCGUUUGUCUGGAGCAGGACCAGCUACAGGAGGAGAUCAAGUCGCUGAACAAGCGAAUGACUCGGCUACGCGAGAUGUUCAGCUCGAAAGCGGCGCGGUUCAACGAGAUUGUGUUUCUGCUGCUUGGAUACAAAAUCGAGCUCCUCAGCGAAACAAAGCUUAAAAUGUACCCCAAGUUCAACAGAGACAGUUUCAUACAGGUUGAUUUGAGUCGGCGCGGCAGCAGCAAGGGCCAAGUUUUGGACGGAGAGGGGAUCCGCGUGAAACUCCCCGCCGAAGGGGGAUUCCAAAAAGUUGAUGUCAACAACCUAAUUCGGUUCUGGGUCCUGGAGAAGCAGCAACCGUGCUGCUUCUUCAAUGCGCUGAACCUGGAGCUUUACGACAAGGGCCAGGAGUUGCUCCCGAAUUAA